UGACCUGGAGGGUGUGGCAAGAGCAAGGAGGUGGGAAGUUUGAUCCUUUCACGUGGGAUUUCAGCGCAAAUUUGCCUGGAGUUCUAGCCAGAGCUGGCAGGUUUUACUAUUUACUUAAGGCUUACUCGCAGAGCUCGCUGGUCUGCGCCCUGGGGCUGCACUCGAGAACACGUAGCGACUCCGAAGAUCAGCCCCAAUGAACAUGUCAGUGUUGACUUUACAAGAAUAUGAAUUCGAAAAGCAGUUCAACGAGAACGAAGCCAUCCAAUGGAUGCAGGAAAACUGGAAGAAAUCUUUCCUGGUUUCUGCUCUGUAUGCUGCCUUUAUCUUUGGCGGUCGGCAUGUCAUGAACAAGCGCGCGAAGUUUGAACUGAGGAAGCCAUUAGUGCUGUGGUCUCUGAGCCUUGCAGUGUUCAGUAUAUUCGGUGCUCUUCGAACUGGUGCUUAUAUGCUGUACAUUUUGAUGACCAAAGGCCUGAAGUAUUCAGUUUGUGACCAGGGUUUUUACAAUGGACCUGUCAGCAAAUUCUGGGCUUAUGCAUUUGUGCUGAGCAAAGCACCGGAACUAGGAGAUACAAUAUUCAUCAUUCUGAGGAAGCAGAAGCUGAUCUUCCUGCACUGGUACCACCACAUCACUGUGCUCCUCUACUCCUGGUACUCCUACAAGGACAUGGUGGCCGGGGGAGGCUGGUUCAUGACCAUGAACUAUGGCGUGCACUCGGUGAUGUACUCUUACUACGCCUUGCGAGCGGCGGGGUUCCGAGUGUCCCGGAAGUUUGCCAUGUUCAUCACCUUGUCCCAGAUCACUCAGAUGCUGGUGGGCUGUGUCGUCAACUACCUGGUCUUCCACUGGAUGCAGCAAGACCAGUGUUACUCUCACUUUCCGAACAUCUUCUGGUCCUCGCUCAUGUACCUCAGCUACCUUGUGCUCUUCUGCCACUUCUUCUUUGAGGCCUACAUCGGCAAGAUGAGGAAAACCACCAAGGCUGACUAGGAUGGGCGCUGAGGAGGAAGCCAUAGCUCAGGGUCACCAAGACAAAAAUAAUAGACAAAAGAAAAAAAUGGCACAAGGAAUCACAUAUGGUGCAGCUAAAACACAACAAGACAUAUGAGCAAACACAAACCCCAAGGCAGCUUAGAGAGAAUUAGGUUGCCCUGACCCAGUAAGUUUAUGAUCCUUUUUGGGUGAGAACUCGCUGAGGACACCUCCAUCUCCAAGGACUGCUGCUGGAAGACCCCAUCUCUCUUUACCUGUCAACUCUAGGACAAAUGAGAAACGAAAGUGGGCCCGAGGCAGAGAGAGAGAAAUAGAAGGCAAACAAAAGCUAUUAACAUAUCUGAAAACAAUGGAUUUACUAAGUGGUAUAUUUCUCUAAGGAUCAAAGAAGUUUAUUUUAGAAACUGCGAGCACACACACACACACACACACCCACACCCACACACCCACCCCAUCCUUUCUAGUCUUGUUCAACACUAAACUGGAGCCAAGAGAAAAGAUACAAAUGGAGGAAAGACAGGGUGUAUAGAAUGAUCAUGCUUUUGGCAGAAGCGAAAGCCUUUCUAGGAGAGGUUAGUAGCUGUAGCCCCCAUGAGAAAUGAUGUCUUAAUCACCUGAGGAAAUGGAUAGAGACAACCCUCUUUCAACCCAGAGAAAGACUUGUUUCCCUUCAUCGCACAGCCUCCGUCUAGCGAGUUUGCCAGCACCACACGGGGCACGAUACUUCCCCAAGAUCCUUCCCGGGAGGAGGGAAGCAAGGGAGCCCAGGUCCCCCCAAAGGGCUGCUCCAUCGCAGCGCCUUCCUGAGAGCUUAGCUGCCCUUUCUACUCCUAAAGGGGGGACGGGAGGCUCUCCCAGGUUCCAUUGCCUCAGCCUUUCAAGCAGAAGAGUAAAUACAGGAUAGAAAAGAUAAACCUCAACCCCAUGACUUGCAAAAUGGACUCUCUAUGGCUUGUGAAAAGGUGCAGCAGGGUUAACAAACUAGAGCUGGAAAAGAGCAAAGGAGAGAGGGAGCCGAAGCUCCCUAGGACAGAAACUGAUUCCCUGUUUGACUUCACCCUCAUUCAUACCUUUCCAAGUGACACCCUGUGGUACAGUCCAUGUUUUCUAUAUUUUUGUGAAUUUCCAAAACAAAAAGCCCUGCAGGACUCUUCCUGAAAUUGGGCAAACACUGUGUUUCUGCAUCAUCUACAGUUGCUCUCCGAGUGAUGUAGAGGUGCUUAAAGUGCCCUCUGCUGGUCAAGUGGAGAUACUCACACUUCGUGCUGAAUUUCGGUGGAACAGUUGACAACAAAAGGCCCCUUUUAGUCUUCAAAUUUUCAGUGACAUAAAAUAGUCAUCAUCUCUUUGGCCAAAUUGGAAGAUGUUCUUCCUGCUUCAAGUCAGCUUCAGAAAUUUUUUAAAAGGAACUUUUGCUCUGGAACUAAGAAAAUUUAUUAAGAGCCAUAUUCUUAAAAAAAAAAAAAAAAAGGCUAGAUAAUAUAUCUGUAACAUUUCAGUCCUUUACAAGCCAAAUAAAUGUGUACACCUUCCUAGUAUUUCAAAGAAGCAAUUAUGUAAAGUUGUUCAAUGUGAUAUAAUAGUAUUCCAAUUGGUUAAAUAGCUUCAUGAUUAGACAAACUAGAUGAAAAGGGUAGGGGCUGCGACACCUGCAUAGAUUAUACACACAUAGCCACACAUAUAUACACACAGAUGUGAGGUACACAGAACUUCAAAGCCCAAACUAAUAGAAACACAUUUUCUGGCUAGCAGAAAAAGCUGUUGUCUAUCUUUCUUGCUUUAUUUGAGAGUGUACAGAAAAUGGAUUUUUCAAAUUAUUUUUAUAUUAUUUUAGCUUUAAGUGUGCUGUCAUUCAUGAAACAGAGACGCUUUUGCUUCUCUGUCAGAGAUGACAAGGGCCUUCUCGACCUCUCUCGGUUAUGUGUGGAAUUUCAAAGAAUAAAGUUUUAUUCCAUUCUGUGUGAAUGGUCUCAACAACGAACAAAGAAUCCGUGCAAACCCAGUCAUGACUGACGGGGGCGGGGAGCUGUUACAUGGGUGUUAAAUGAUUGCAAAGAGUCUCUGAUGUUCUUGCCGUUGGUUCCUAGAUGAGAAACAGUUGAUGGAGGGAUGGUACUGUUGUCACUAGCGUAGCAACAAGAGCUGAAAAGCCAGGUCCUGCUAGAACAACUAAUGGGUCCUUAGGAUACAAAUAAUGUUAUUUUGAGCUUUGAAAAUACAUGAUACUGUGCAAUAUGCUUUUUUUCUUGUAAGAGAAAAUGAGCAGAAUAAUUAAAGUGAGGAAAAGGCCAAAUAACAGUUGACUUGAGUGUAAUUGAAGGACCAGUUAGAGCUUAUCUUGUGGAUUGAGUUUAUUUAAUCCAUUGAUUUCCCAGUGAUCCUUUAAUGCAGCAUAGAAGGAGGACAUGAGCAUAGAGCUUAAAUAGACCUUAAAUGAUGCUUCCAAAGCACUUUCAUCCUGAUACAGGUUCAUACUUGUGUUCACAUGUGAGAUAAUUUAGAAUUUCUGUUCACGGGCUGAAUAGCUAAUAAAUAGUUUUUAAAUUAGCUAAAUAUAUCUAAAGGCAUUUCUGAUGUUUAUCAUGGGAGGGAGAGAAAAUCUACACCUUACAAAAAUUUUUUUUGAGAUUCUGGUAUUACAGGUUCAGUGCAAUGUUUUUAACAUCUCAGCUUAACCGCUUCAUUAUAUCCAGAUAGGAGGCUGGACCAUAAGCCUAUGGCAAAUCUGAAGCCCAUCAGAGAAUUUGACUGCCACACAGUUAAUCCUGCUGUCAGGUAACAUUCCAGAAAAACUGGGGCCGGCAAGUGGUUAGAGCUGCCCCCCCACCACCCCAUGCUGCAAUAGAUCAUCUUUCUAUUGAAGAUUCUCCACUGCAUUCCAAUGCCAGUAGGGUGAAAACAUUCCUGGAUCGGAAAAAAAAAAAAAAAUGCUUCAAAUCCAAUCUUCAUUUUGUACGUAAAUACCUGAAAUUUGAUACACUCGGUCUGAGCAUCACCCCCAGUCUGUGAGUUUGCCGCGAAAACUCUAGUGCUCUAGUCACAGAGCAGGUGGCUUUGUCUGCACCUUCUAUUUUUGCUCAUGAGAAAAGAGCCACUACUAUAGUCAUAGUCAAUAGCAGGCCAAAGUACCAGGUUAAAAGCUUGUAUGGAUGUGAUUAUUCCAGGUAGUUUACUCCCACCCUCUCAAUUACCCUCCACUAUAAAAAUCAGGGGGGCAAGGACAAUACAUUCCUAUAUGUUGCUGAUGGCUGACAACAAAAGGCCCCUUUUGUUGGGGAAAGAAGAAAAUUGAUUAUCACCCUCUCUCACGUCUCUCUCCUAAUGAAGCUCUGAGUCCAAAUCUCAGUGCACUGAGUGGGGGUUUUGUAGAGCUGAAUGAAAGAACACUUAUAGGAAAGAGACCCACAGAUUUUUUUUUUUUUUAAAUCAGAUGUGGUAUCUUUAUAAUCAGAUAAAACCUGCCACGUAAGAAUAGCAAGGUGCUUGGAGUUCACCACACUGGAGUCGAAUGUUCUACAAGUCUGGCCUGGUUCCCAGAUGGCUUGGUCACCUGAGACAGGCUCAGUUUGCUAUGUUUUCUUCAUUGUGACAGAACAGCCUUUCCUCAGAGGCCCUAUGUGUCACCCAGCUAAGUCAGCUCCAGGACAUCGUGAGGGCUUUUUCCCAGUUUGGUGAAUUAAUGAUUCUUUAAUAACACAGUUGUUGGAUUGGCCAUGUGCUGGCAAUUCAAGAAGGCUCUUAGGGGAAUGGAGAAGGUCAAACAGACAGCCUCCCAGAGUUCAGUACUUUGAGGUGUAUGUGUGUGGUCCAUGUCUGUCUCUUUUAGACACUUAUUCCCCUGAAACAGUCUCCAUCCUGUACAAUUGUGUGAGAGUUUUUUGAUGGAAGUCCAGUGGUCCAGUCUUUGUUUUCAAUAAUAAACACUUUGCUAUUGAA